AUGACUGACCUUGGCCAACUACAUCACUUUCUUGGCAUUACCUUCACCCGUAGUAGCACUGGCCUCAACCUUCAUCAACGCAACUAUGCCACAGAUAUCAUUUCUUACGCCAGCAUGAGCAAUUGCAAACCUUGUCUUACUCUGGUCUAUACGCACGGUAAGUUAGCUGAAGACGAUGAGCCUCCUGUUGCUGAUCCAACGUUAUAUCGUAGUCUCGCUGGAGCAUUACAAUACUUCACAUUCACAAGACCUGAUAUCUCGUUUGCUGUUCAACAAAUUUGUCUCUUCAUGCAUGAUCUCUGGGAGUCGCAUUUCCAUGCGUUGAAGCGCAUUCUUCGGUAUCUUCAGGGAAAUCUUGAUCACGGGCUCCAUUUCUAUACGAAUUCCGCAACUACUCUUACUGCUUAUUCGAAUGCUGCUUAUGUUUCACCGAACUCUGCCGACUCACUCACUGCUCAUUCCGAUGCCGACUAG